UGGAACUGCUAUACUUUGUUUUGACUUUUGGGUUGCGAAUAUUUUCAAUUUUUGAGAUGAAAGCUAAAGUUAAAUUAUAAAAAUAACAAACGAAAAUUUACCAGGUAGAAUGUAUUUAAGGCGAAGUACCACUGUGAAAUAUGUGUUGGCGGCUGUUCUUGGGGCCGUGAUCUAUUGCGAAUGGUUCAUCUACCUCGUGGAGCAGCAGUACUGGGUCGACCUAGAGUGCCAGGACCAUGACACCUCUUGUACUAAGAUACUGUUCAUAGCUGACCCUCAGAUUCAGGGUGAUGAAGCUGUCCCACCUCCCUUAAGCUACAUCUUCAAUUGGGACAGUGACCGGUACUUAAGAUCAACGUUCAAGUCAGUUGUGGAUUACUUCAAGCCGGAUAUCCUGGUGUACUUGGGAGACCUGAUGGAUGAGGGGUCCAUAGCCACCAUGCCACAGUUCCAUGGCUAUGCCAAGAGAUUAGCUAACAUAUUUGAUUGGGAUUUUCCUGCAGUGCAAGUCUGGUUACCAGGAGACAAUGACAUAGGCGGAGAGAAUGAGCCGAUACGUCGCGACAAAGUAGAAGAAUUCGAGAAAGUGUUCGUCCAGCCCUCCAUAGUAACAUACUCCAACGUGUCCAUAUACAAAGUGAACGCUAUCACAUACACAUUCCCACAAAAAGCUGAUGAAGUACCGGGAACAGAUAAUAAUUUCAAAAUUGUGGCUUCACACUAUCCUGUUACUAUGAGGACGAUGUUUAGUAAGAAGAUAAUAAACGCAAUAAACCCGAAAAUAUUCUUCUGCGCCCACGACCAUGAGUCUAAGUACGUGAAACAGAAUAAGGACCUCACCCACCGGGUCACCACAUGGUUCAACAUACCCAAGUCGACACUCACCAUUACGUUCAAUGAUGACACGUUGUAUGAGAUAUAUGUGCCAACUUGCUCUUAUAGAAUGGGCACCAAUUAUAUUGGAUAUGGAGCUGCUGUGCUAGAAAACAACCAAAAGCACAUGAGAUACACCGUUUUCUGGUCUCCACAGAGGUUUCCAUUUUUAUUCUUUUACCUAGCAAUACUGGUGAUAUUAUUCCUCUACUGCCUUGUAUUCUGCAUUGCCAAACUAAUCUAUAGGAAGUCUAAACCGACUGCAAAGAGCGCGGAUAUGUCGCCAUUGUUAGAACGACUUUAGCAUUCGCCCCAACGAAUUGAAUAUAAAUAUAAAAUGUAUUUCAGAUAGCUUGCCCUUAAUAGCGCUUUAAUAUUUGCAGUCAGUGACUUUAAACAUAUUUAAAUACUAAAAUCGCUUAACUAAUACGUAAAAAAUCACGGCCCAUGAUAAAAAAAGUCGUUGCAACUACAAAUAUAAAUAAUUUAGGUACUAAAUGGAAAUACGUACAAAAAUGUAUUAAUGACAAGUGAAUUGAUGGUUGAAUUGAAUUAGUAAUUUCCCAGUUUAAAAUUUAAUAGUGACUAAAUAAAUAGAUAUGUAGUUAUAUAUAAAAAUAUUUCCAGUAGUAAUAAUGACUGUGCAUCGUGCUGUGAGUAGCAAAGCCGUUAUUUGCGAAAGAUUAUUAUGUAGUUAUUAAAUUAAUAAAAAAAUACUUAAGGAAUUGAAUUGAACAAUAUGUCUUAUGGAAUAUUUAGUCUUGAACUAUAAUAUAUUAUUAUGCUAGCAGUACUAAUUUCUGAAUUUAAAGAAACAUGGACAAAGGCCCUCAUUUAACAGCUUUAAUUUACUAACAGUACAAUUAGGAAUUAAUUAUUAUUAUGUACAACAUAUAGAGUUUCUUAUCCAGUGAUUGCAUAGUUCUUUGGAUUUUUAUGCUGUUUGUGGCCAAAUUAGGGUAACAAAAUAUUUUAUGUUAUGUUUAGUAGCUUUUAUCUAUAUGGGCUGACUUAGACAUAGGUAGUACAGUCCAUCAAAUAACUUUGCAUUUCUGAAGAUAUCCAUUAUACAGGCGUCGAUAAUAAUUAUUAUAUAUACCAACGAUUUAUAACAUGACAACAGUAUGCUCCCUUCUAUACCUAUCUUCAAUAUUAUUAUGGGUAUAUAAUACACAUUGAGGAUGGCUCAUUCCAGUCUACAGUAUUAUGUUAGUGACCGCUAGUACUUUUUAGAUUCUAGAUUUUAAUAUUAAACCCGUUUUGAACGAUAUGCAACUCUUGCAGAUAAUAAAUGACAUAAUUAUGUAACUAUACUCUCUUGUUUUAUACAAUAUUUUUUUGAUAUUAGGUACUCAAGGGGACUGCUAAUAUUUUCUAUAUUUUCCUUAGAAAACUGUCAUGACAAUAAUUUCAAUAUACUCUUUAUAUAAGUUUGGUGGAAAUGAAAGACUAGGUAUUAACGAAAUUAUUAAAUAUUUUUUAUUCAUUAACAGUCUAUGUAGAAAAAUAUAAACGUUAACAAAGUGUAUGUACAUAUGGAAUGUGUGUAAUAUUGUUUUACAAUAGCAUUAAGCAUAAGAAUGACAAUUAUGUGCAUAUAAUUUAUAUUUAUUACACUAAACUUAUUUCUAAAUAAUUGCCAGUUUCAAAUUUCUCUACCAAAUAAAAACCACUUUUGAGAGUCACACUGAAUAUUCCUAAGUAAUGAAACGGGCCAAAUAGCUUAAAUUGCUAUAUGUAUAGAUUUGCUUAAAAUUAGGAAUUGAAUACCUAGUGAUUAGUUUGAAUACUGUACAACAAUGCAAUAUCUUACCAUUCUUGGCAUUUACAAAACCCUUGCAUUUAAUAUUUUUCAAUAUAUAAAAACUUAUACAUUAAAGUAAAUAAGUGUUACUUAACAGUCUUGCUUCAUCCAUAUUUAAAUAAAUAUAAUAACACCAACUUCUAAUAUUUGUUAUAUAAAAUUAUAAUAUACCUAUAGGUAAAUUCAUAAUUUUUGUAUAUCCUUAUAGGAUUACUAAGUUUUAUAAACAAUUUGCUUCAAAUAGGCUCUGUCAACUGUCCCUCUAUAUGCAUUUGUAUUAAAAUGACUUUAUUUAUUUUUUCUAGAACUUGUUAAAUGUUGUUCUAAAAUUGUAUUAAUUAAUAUAUGCAUAAUGAAUUGCAGUAAUAUUAUGAUGAUUUAUUAAAGGUUUUCUGUUAAAACUUG